GCCAUCCUGAAAAAGAAAGAAGUAUAUGUGAGUGCAUUUCGAACCAAAAUCGUAUGUGUGUGAAGACACCGCUACAGUAUAAAAUAAGUUGCCUAUUUUGCAAUGCCUAGGUUCUCACUGCUACUCUAGUCUGGAUAUUUCAGUCUCUACAUUCACUCGUCCAGUUUCCCUGACCACAUUAGCACCUGAAACAUACUUGUACUUAGUGCAUCUCUUAUUUGAACUUUUAUUUUUACGUCGUUCUAAUUUGCUUAGUCCACAAGUAUCCAAAAUUAAAUGAGCCAUAUUUGUGAUAUUCUAUAUCAUCAUUCAUUAGUAUUUCAAUCAAAAAUGAACUCAGAAGGCAUAAUUAUUUUGUGCAUGGAAAUCUUAUAUAUUUCCCAAAGAGAUUCGAGAGACUCAAAACAUUAGCUGGCGAUGAGUGCUUGUUAGAAUCAAUCACGACGUAAGCGCGGUGAUUCGGAUCUCUGUGUAUCUUUGCUUACUUACUGGCAGUUACUCUGGGAAGAAUCAAUGUCCCACUCCCCUGGCGACAAAGUUUUCGCUAAGAUAAAAGGAUUUCCUAACUGGCCUGCUAGGGUAAAUCCUCUUCCACAUGAUGUACAAAUACCCAAGGGAAAACUUCCUAUAUUUUUCUACGGAACUUAUCAAGUUUCAUUUGUUUCCGUCAAGAAUAUUGUUCCUUACGAGAAAUUCAAAGAUAAGUGGGGAAAACCAAAGCCAAGCGCACAGUUCAUGACAGCUAUGAAAGAAAUCGAAGCUAAUCCAGGCAUCUAUAUGUUGGGAGAGGAUCCUAGAGCUGAGAAGUUUCUGCAUCAGUUCUAUGACUUUAAACCAAUGGGCAGUGAAUGUGUUCGCCAAUACAAACGUCAGCAUCCCAGGAAGUCAAAAGUCGACAAUGAUCAACCACUCAGUACUACUAAUCAAGGGACAAGUAGUAAGGGUGAUCAAAUAAAUCGUGUCAGUGAUGAUACAUCGAGUGAAAUAAGCACAGAUCAAUCGAGAGUCAAUAGCUUAGACCCAGCUCCGGAAGAUAGUAAUGAUGAAGAGACAUUGAUAGAUAAUACAAAUCAUCACAUACAGUUUAAUAAUUAUCAACAAAUGGAUAUAAGUUGUUCGGAGAGGCUUAGCCCUAGUUCAACAAUUGAUCGUCCAUCUGAUGAAAAAGAUUCUUAUCAAGAGAAUAGAGAAGCUCGUCGACUUGCUCGUAAAAUGCAGAAAAAAGCUGAGAAAAAAGCUUUAAAGAAGGCUGCUAAACGAGAAGCAAAACGAUUAGCAAAAGAGAAACGAGCUGAAAGACGUGCUCGACGAGAAGCUAAACGUGAAUUAAAACGUCUUCAUAAACUGGAAAAAUCUCGUUUAACGGAACAAGAAAAUUUAAAUUUUGAUGUUCAAGAAUCGAAUACGAGAAAUCCUGACGUUAACCAAGAGAGCUCUAGUAAUCAUGCAUGGGAUGACAAUCACUGGUCUCCUGCUUCUCAUUCUGAGCCUGUCCAAACUAAUGAAGAUUCUACUGACUCCAGUUCCAACAGACCCAUCCUGCCUACCUUGGACGAUAGAUGUGCCAGCCCGCUUCAAUUCAUGCAUCAACCUGAUGAUGAUAGUAUUUUUUCAACUCAUCAAAAUGAUAACUCUUCUUCUAAUGGAGAACUUUUAACUAAAGAAAUAAAUUUCUCAAACACUACACCAUUAGAAUAUGAUAAACACCAAUAUUCUACUGGAAUUAAACGUACAGGAAUAUUAUUUCAUUCGAAUGGAAGUGAUAAUGAAGGUUCUCAACUAUUAAAUGGUGGAACAAUUAAAUUGGAAAAUAGUGAAAUUCCUCCGAAGAAAAAAGCUAAAACAGUAUUAAUAAAGAAUAAUAAUGAUGAUGAUGAUGACGUCGAAGACGAAGACACAGUGUGUCGUCCUGAAAUGAAAAUUAUGUCAUCGUCAAAAUCAAAUAGUCAUCACUCUCAAACGAACAAUGAAAAAGAUGUCAAACAAUCAGCAGCAGUAAUUGAAGCUACUGAUUCAUUAGUAGUUGAUGCGUCUGACAAUUCAAAACCAACUGUUCCUGAACCUUUGCCGGAAGCUGUCACUAAACAUGGCGUCGUCACUACUACUACUAGUAAUAAUAAUAAUAAAAAACGAAACAAGUCUGUACAACAACGUUCUCGUUUACGUAAAAAGAAACCUAACGCUAUAUUACUUGAUUCAGAUGAAGAUGAAAUAAAUUCUGAAAAGAAAGUAAUUAACCUACAUGAUUCCUCACCAUCAUCAUUAUCAUCUCCAUCACCUUUAUCAUUGUCGAAUGAUUCUGACAUAGAGAAUUCAAAGAGCAAAGAUCAAUUAUCUUCACAGUUAAAAGAGAAAAGUCGAAAUUCUUCACCAAAACCGUCAACAAUAAACAAAUCCAAUCGAGCUAGAAAAUCAAGAAAUCAAAAAUCUAAUCAGAAAACUAAUAAUAAUUUGAAAGUGAAAAGAAAACAAUCAGAAGUCAAACCAACUGCAGCAUCAAAUAUCAGUGUACAGGAGGAAAAAAGAAUCUCUAACGUUUCAAGUGGUAUUCGUCAGGCUGCAGCAUCAAAUGAUCCUGUCACUCAGUUGAAUCAAUGCUGUCGUGACCUGAAAACCAGUCUAAUCAAAGGCCACGAGAAUUUUGCCGAAGCGGUACAACUAUUGAAUAAAGUUCGUUCUAUCCCUGUUCGACUUCCUCAGUUAGCUGAAGCUUGGGAUCUUAUGGAUUGUAUUAAAAAGUGUCGACGGUAUAAACUGUCAAAUGAAGUUCGUGAAGCUGCUCAAACAACAUUUCAAUUUUUUCAAUCUUUACAGGCGAAUACUACCAAAGAAGAGCUCUCUCAAGCACAGGCACUUAUUGCAUCUCAUCAAAAUCGUAUUCAUUCAGUUCAAGAUUCUGUAAUGGAAAAUACUUCAAAAACUGAUUCAUUGUCCAUUUCCGCUGAUGUUGAUAAUAAACAAACACUACAAAAUAAUACAAAUUCAAAUAACAGUUCCGAAUCAACAUCGGAUAAUACCACCACCACUACUACCAAUACUACUACUACUAUUACAAUUGAACCUGAAAAUUUAACAGCUGAUUUAGAAGCAAAAGUCGAUGAUGUCCUAUCACGAAUACGUGCAACAGAAGAACGAAUGGCUGCUGCCGCCGUUUCAUCUACACGGUCUGAUACACCAUAUAAAUCUAUAUCUAAUCAUGUAACCAAUUCCUCUAUAAGAUCUACAGGAGGUCGAAUAAUUAGAGCAUCGGCCGUCGCUGCCGCCACUGCUCAUAUGCAUGAUGAAGAAGAUGAAGAAUCGGUCAUGUCACGUGUCGAACAAGUAGCCGCUUACGAGGCAGGCGCAAUAAAUUAUCCAAACCCAGCCAGUUUAGGAUCUCCACCCCCGCCUCCGCCGCCCCCUCCAUCAUUAUCUUUUGGCUCUGUUGGUCCGUCUGACCAACUUGAAGCAAAGGCAUCCCCUAGUGUUGACCAUCUAGAUCUUGAUUCACGUAUACAAUUGUUUAUGUCGGCAGCUAGUUCACAAAAAUCUGCCAAGUCAUCUAACUCAAAACCUGUAGUCACUGUAGGUAAAUCAGAAAUGACACCUACAACACGAUCUCAUCACAUUCAGCCGAAUUUAACGAGUGUAACCUCAUCGACAUCGUCGGCCUCCACUUUAUCUUCUACAGUUGCAUUAUCAUCGUCAUCCAGUCUAUUACCAGUUCUUUUAGCUAAGCGUAAAGUAAUAGCGGAUAAGUUAGCUGCAGUUAAAGCAUCUGGUUCUCCGAUCAAAUCAUGUCAUCCAGUCACUUCACCAUUACCAUCACCAACAUCCAUUAAUAAUGAAUUCAAUAUUGUAGAAAAAGUAUCCUCUUCAGUUACUAUUACACCCGCUAGUACUACUACUACUACUGCUACUACUAUUCAUACACCUCCAUUAUUGACCAAAAUGUCGAAUACUGCAAAAAUGCCUUCGAAAGAUGAAGAAUUGUAUGAUUUAUUAGAUAUUUGUUGAAAUCAAUUCUAACGUAAACACAUAUCAACAUUGAAACAAUACCAUGGAAACAUUUGGAAUAUGUCUUACAUGUUUGUUUUUUUAUAUUUAUGGAAAUCUUUGGUAGGUCGGUUUACAACCAUGGUGAUUUUUUAAAAUUUUAAUUAUGAUUUCAUUCGGGUUUUUUUGUUUUUGUUUAUCUGGUUAUUUUCUUUUCACUUGAUUUAGUCAGCUCAUUCACCAAUCGAUCGAAAAUUUAUUAUUAUUACCCUCAUAUUAGUCUUACAUUUUAGCUCUCAGUCAGUCAGUGAUCUUGAGUGCUGUUGGAGGUAUAAAGGGAGUUUUCGCUUCCCGGUUGCGCACAUCGUGGAAGGGUUCUUCUGGAGGUAUCUAAAAAGGGAAUUGGAUUAGAGGUGAUCUUAGUGACCUGAAAGCGUGACCACAGUGACCAAGAGACAACUGCUUGAGGUCGGUCACACACGACCUUUUUAUGAGUAAUUUUCGUGUUAGCUCCGCACUUGUAAAAACCUUACUGCCGGAGACGGAUAUCCGUGGGAUCAGGGGAGAUAUGCAUUUUUAGGGUCGACCUUUUCUAACCCCACCCCUCCUUGUGGGAAGGCAGCAUCGCUGUUCUGCUGGUUGUUUGAAGGAAAUACCUUACUGCUGUCACACCUCUGUACAGUCAACAGUACGAUUUCGCUUUAGGACCUUAGGUUUAUGUCUUUUAGUCUUACCGCUCUUCAACCAACCUGUCUGACAUGGUAGGACCUUGAGGAACGGUUGUUCCAACCAAUAUAGCUUGGUUUCUCCGUCACGAUAGGCAAGCUCGACCACCACGUCAAGGUAGCAACAACCGUCGGGAUUAAAAUCGCUUCAUAUCUUUCUACGUACUAAUUAUUUCUUCUUGUACUAUAUCUUUAUAUGCAAUCUUUCUUUUAUAUAUUACCACCAUUUAAUUAACUACUUCUAUGAAUCCGCUGUUCAUCUUGCUGUGCUAAUGAGGUGUGGCAACUUGAACCGAUGCUUAUAUGUGUCUGGUCCUACGUUGUAGAUUUCCAGGGGUUGAACUUCUACCAGGAGAUUCACUUGUUGACUUCGAAUAUGCCGAUGACAUAGUUCUAUUCAGUGAAGACGCUGACAAAAUGCAAAGUCUUCUGACUACUCUAAACAAUAAUGCUAGCAUGUUCGGCAUGCGAUUCUCCCCAUCCUCCAAACGCAAAAUGUUGCUUCAGAAUCGGGCUGCAUCGACACUCGAACUAAUGAUAGGGAGUGAAGUAAUUGAGCGUGUUGACCACUUCACUUAUCUUGGAAGUCUCAUCAGCCCUUGUGGUCUGGUGUGUGACGAAAUCUCAGCACGGAUACAGAAGGCUCGACUAGCUUUCGCCAACUUGCGUCAUUUAUGGUGUAGGCGAGAUAUCCGUCUAUCAACCAAAGGACGUGUUUUCUGUGCAGUAGUCCGUUCCGUCGUACUUUAGUGGCUGUGAAACAUGGCUGAUAAGAGUAGAGGAUAUCCGUAGGUUACCAGUAUUCGAUCACAGGUGUCUUCAAAGCAUUGCUCGUAUAUCCUGGGACCAUCGAGUAAGUAAUGCAGUUGUUAGGAAACGGGUACUAGUUAGGGAUGGCAAAUCAAUUGAUGAAGUGGUGACAAUUCGUCAGUUGAGAUGGAUGAGGCACGUUUGUACUUUGACUGCUUCAUCACGAUAGGCAAGCCUGACCACCACGUCAAGGUAGCAACAACGGUCGAGAAAUUUUAAUUCUGAUGUAUAAGUGACAAGAUAAUAAUACUAUAAGGGGUAACUGGCUAUUUUAAAGUUUGCAAAAGUGCCGAAAUUCUGGCUGGUAAUGCAUUAAGGUGAAAGUAUCCUUUGAGUAGAAACAAGUAACCAAUAAACAACCUUACGAUUUACAUCAAAAUCUGAUCUUAGCUACAUAAACACUGAAAACCAGAAGUCACUGGUCAUCUGUCUUGUUCUGGUAUGCAAUUUUUUAGUAAUGCAAAUCCACUACCCUACCACACUAGAUCCUACCCUGGUUAACACUCGACACGAUCGGACUCCACCAGUCACCGCUUAUCACUAGAACUCAGAAAAUCAUUUGACGGAAUUAGUCACCAGUGAGCAAUGGAUGCAUCCGCUACGUUGAUUUUAUGAAUGAGCUUUAUUGAGAUAUCUAACACUAAUGCAAAAUAUCUUUCCAGUUCUUCCUGAUCUCAAAUAGUUUUUCAAAUAAAUUAAACUAUGAAAUUCACUAAUCAUUGGAAACUUCUGACAAUGCUGACAAUAAAGAAUCGUAAUAUAUUUGAACUUAAAUUUGUUGGUUGAGUUAUUCUAGUUGAAUUUCAUACUUUUAAUGUGUGACUCUAUCUUAAAUUUAUCCUACUGGUCGGUAUAAUUUGAAGUCAUUUCAAUUCAUGAGAACAUCUAUAACAUAAACUAAUUCGAAAACUUUAGGUCAUAAGAGUGCUGUGGAGUUUUUAAAACAUAGUUAUAUAUAUUACUUAUAAGUAAACAAAAUUUUAGUGCUCAAUUAUUUUACCCGCAUACUAUUGGCAAGCUGUCGUGAGUACUGUUGUAGUCAAUGUUCUUUUCCCCAUAUUGAACUGGUCAUCUAAAUCUCUAUCUAUUCUAUGUAUCGAUUGUUUCUGCUAGUUUUUUAUGAUUAAAUGUAAGUUACACCGCAGUAAUUCUAUUGUUUUAUUAUGUAAGGUGAGGAUCGGAGGUAGUAGGAAUGAAACGUAACCUAGGUUUCGUGUUUUUUGGCACUUAUCAACAAGGUGUACCUGUAACAUUGAAAGAAUUGAUAUUCCUUGGUGGAUUUCAUACCAAGUUUCUCAGAGUUACGUUCAAAGUCCUCACGAAUAGGCUACAGGUUAGUCACGCCGCUCGAAUGUCUCAGAUUAUCAAGCUUGGUCACACAUGUUCAAAUCCACGAGGGUUCGUCAGUUUUAUCAAGAUUACUAGUACAUCUUCCUUAAAAGCAUCAACUAAAACGGAGAAAUGGGUCAAUCAUGAUGUUCUAUCGACUACCUCCAAACCUCACUACUUUACAUCUUAACAUAGUGCGUGCCAUAUCUAGUCAUUGGGACUGGUGACCACAUUUCUAUUUGAUUGAUGGAAGUCGAUCAAUACUUAUAAGGAACUAACACACAUUAUAAUGAUCACCGUCCAGUUAUCAGUCAAUUAUAAAUUCUGUGGGAUUAUAUAUACAUAUAUUCCAUGAAGCUUCGACAGUCUUCAUAUUUUAAUCGACGUCAUCCGAUAUGACGGAACUACUCUUCAUCUUUGUCUACAUGAAUACCGGUUAACUGUUGAACUCCAUAAUAUAUCUUCGUUUAUAUCAAUUUAAAUGGAUGAUUAUAGAUACAUUUUCAAAUGUGACAGAAUGUUAAAAGUUUGAAUAGAGAUAAUAAAAAGACCAGAGAAUUACUUGGCAUUGAAUUUAGUCAAUGAUCAAUAAAAAGCACAUUGAAACCAAUCCAAUUUAUUAACCAAUAAAAAAUUUAGGAUUGUGCAAUUAGGUCAAAGGAAGAGACAAUCAUAAUAAAUAUGUAGACAAUGACAAGUUGUUAAAGGUCAUAUCAGUAAUAUUAUAUUUGUUAUGGAUAAAGUAUACAGGGUGAUAGAUUUAAAGACAAUAGUGAUAUUAUAUUACUAUAACUCUAUUCACUUCUAAACUCUCUCUCUCCAUCCAUCCAAGCUUGUUAAAGUGGUUUAUUGGAUAAAAUACAAGAACAUUGGACUGACAUCCAGGUUAAUUCAAUUGAUUAUUAAUUAUAUAGUAUUAUUAUUAACUGGUUAAUUGUUAUUAAAUACAUAAUCAUUACAAUUCAUCCUUAUUACACAAUCCAGCGGUUAUCUGAAUUCAAUAGUUAAGCAGAAGGCAUUGGUUUCAAGUCUCAAAGUAAACAUUAACACUGGACUAUGGCAGAUACAUUCAGUCUAUAAGUUUCAAUUAAAUAGGCUGAAACACAUGCCUUAAAUGCCAUUGUUAGUCAUUAUUGAAUUCUAAUUAAAUACUAUACACUAUUUGAUCAUAUAUCCAUAGUAUAUUUUCCUUUUUUUUUGCUUUAUAGUUUAGAUAUGUGAAACAUUUUGUAUUUUUCUGUUGAUCCUUGUGAAUUUGUUUUUUGUUUUGCUAAAAUGCUUGUCAAAAUAGUGAAGACAUUUUUUAUUCAGAUCAAAUAUGAUCUAAUUUAUUCUCUGAAGAAGUAGCUUGCAUUGAGUUACGAAACGUCAGAAAAUUAAUAAAAAAAGAUUUUUUUCUCACAAUACUUAACUGAGUUGGUACUAGGAUCCUGUGUAUAGGUCAACACAAGUAAGAACAUAAAGAUAAAUGAUAAGGACUCUGUUACAUCCGUGAAACGUCUACCCACUAAUAUAUAUAUGAGAUUAUUGUCUCUAUCUAGUAAAAGACCUUAACGCGGCAGAUUACUCAGUUCAACCUUGAGUUAGCAAAUGCAUGAAUUCUAUUUUCAUUGAACAACCUCAACAAUCUAUAACUUGAUAAGUUGGCGAAUGAACUCAGAAAGAAGAUGAUUAAUUACUGAUUUGCAUUACCUUGAAUCAAUUAUAUGUGAUGAUCAAGAAAUGAUCGAGAAGAUUUGUAGUUCAGGUGGAUGAUUAUGAUGGAGUUUUAUUUUCUGAACUAGAUGAUUUCAUUGUGGAGCUUUCAUCGUUCUACUGAACAACAUCAUUUGUGUUUGUGCGGAUGAUAUCAUUCAAAAGAACGAUGAAAUCUCCACAAUCAAAUCAUUCAGCUCAAAAAACAAAACUCCAUCAAAAAGAUUAUCAAUGUCAUGUGUGUCAAGUCCUAUUUAGUGCAAAUUGAAUGCUAUGUUGAAUCACCUAGACUAGUGACCGCAUUGUAACUUCUUGGUCGAUAGUAUUUAUCUUCCCUUAAAUCGUGAGAUUAAAAUUGCUUUAUAUUUUUCUUUCUAUGCAAUCUUUCUUUUAUAUAUUAUCACCAUUGAAUUAACUACUAUAGAUUCGGUGUUCAUCUUGUUGUUCUAAUGAGGUAUGGCAAUUUGGACCGAUGCAUAUAUGUGAUUAGUCCAACGUGGUAAACUGACUUACUGAUAAUAUUUGAUUUACACUAAGAAGGACCUGACACACAUGACAUUGAUCACCACCAAGUGAUCAAUCAAUUGUAAAUACAUCUCAGUCCUACAGGUGGUCAGUUACGGCCCGAAUAACCUAGUGGUAACAUUUCUGACUAUGAAGCCAGUUGACACGGGAUUGAAUCCGUUAGGGAGCAUCAGUUUCCUCAAGAUUACAGAUACAUCUUGUUGAUGAAUGGCAAAUAGCACGAAACUCGGGUUCAAGGUUUUCUGUUGACUAUCUCGAACCACCAUCUCAAAUUGCAAUGAUUUUUCGAUUGCAUUAAAUUUCUAUACUAUUUACACGGAUUAAUAUUUAGUUUUGUUUGUAAUACAUUAAGCUGAUUAUUACUUAAGAUUAAUUGAUUUGACGGUUAUCAUUAAGCUAGUUAAGGGAUAAGACUAUAAUUUAUGGAUGAUCUUUGAGCGACGCCAGACUGACCAUGAGAGUUUCUGUCUACAUACUACGACUAAAUGAUGGUUAUAAAGCAGUUUGUAGAAUAAGGAUUAUGAUUUACAGUUGAUGGUUAGGGUUAAGAAUUAGAUUUAGGGUUUUCAUCAUGAACUGACAUCAGCUAUAAUGCUAGGACUCUAUUUAGCCAAAUGGGUAAAUGAAUCUAAGACCUAUUAUUGUUCGUCCACAAAUGAUGGUCUCGCCAAUUAAGGUUUCUUAAAUUGUGAUUAUAUGUUACAGAUGAUUGACAGAGAAAAAAAGAUGGUUAAUAUCUUAGAGUCUUUGAUAUUCUAAUCAAUUAACUGCUUGGAUGAUCUAAUCAGAUUUAGAAUAACCGGUUUUCGAUUUGGGUGCGGAAUUCAUUCAUUUAUUUUUGGCUAAAUAGUGUUUUGGGCAUUAUAGAUUAUAUUAGUUAGUGAUGAAAACCCUAACCAUCAACUGUAAAUCAUAAUUGUGAUUUCUCACACUAGUUUAUAAGGCCUCACAUAGUUUUAGUUAGUAGGAUGGAUAUACUCAAGGUCACUUUAGUGUCCCUCAAAUGUCGUCCAUAAAUUAUAGUCUCAUCACUAUUUUCAGAAUGUGUUUUGUGGAGAUUUUAGAAAUUUCACUGGUUGAAAUGAUGAGUUAAUUGAAGCUAGACCACCAUGGAAAACCUGGAUAGGUCCUGGGUUCGAAUCUCUUGGGGGGCGGGAUCGUGGAUGCGCACUCCUGAGGAGUCCCAUACUAGGACGAAACGGUCGUCCACUGUUUCCAGGUUUUCCAUGGUGGUCUAGUUUCAGUUGACUCAUGAAUUCAUCACUAUUUGUUUACCAUAUCAUUCAUAUAUAAAUGUAUCAUUUUAUUCUUCUCUUUUGUCUUAUCAGACACUAUUUUUUUCUCAUAUCAUUGGCAAAUCAAGUAAUCUCCUUUAGAGAUCAUAAGAAAAUCAAUUAUCAUUUGUUUUCUACAAAUAUUUAUACAAUACUUCAACCAUGUUGGUCCAUACAGACUACUUACACUACUACUAGCACUACUAUGUAGUUCAGAUUAUUCGCAUAGUCAAAUUAUAAUCAACAAUUAAAGAGGUUCAUUAAAAGGAUUAGGAAUCAAUCAUGAUGGCUUAGAUGUUGUUUACAAUCUUGAAUUCCAGCAUUUAAUUAUGUAUACAUUACCAUUCAGUGAUUUUCAUAUCUUAUUCUCAAUGUUUAAAUGUUUGUAUUUUGUCAUUUUCUAUUAUAAUUUAUUUUAAUCUUUUAUAUCAUUUCCUGUUUAUUAUGCUGAUGUAAUCUGAUAACUUGAUGUAAUAUGUAUAGUUUUAACAGUCUCUUUCCCGCUCUCUCUCUCUCUCUGUCUCCGUUUGUUGAUGACAACUACUUUUUUGGUUAGCGUUUUUUAUCGAGUUAGUUUUCUAUAGGAUACGGUAGUUAACCCCAUACCCAACCCUCCUCUUUUAGCGGGGCUUGGGACCGGUAGUAACUUUAGAAAAGCUACAGGCGGGGUUAUGAUUACAACUAAUUAAAAGAGAAUGAUUGUACCAUUCCCCCCUCUCUCUCUCUCUAGAUUUAUAUUCAUUUCAAAGAGAAAUUAUUGAAUAAUAAUGUAAGGAUUUUUCUUUUUUUUCACCAUACAGUCUUUCAAAACUAUGAUCAUUAUUUGUAUAGAUAUCAAUAUGUUGAUGACAUCACUAAUAGAUGAAAACAGUAAUUUGUUGUUUUUCUUUUUCCUAUUUUUGUUUGUCUCUUUUUUAUUCGGAAGAAAUGAUAAUUCAUAAUUGUAGAAUUUAUUUAAUUAAUUCUUUUUCUUUACCUGAAUUCACUAGAUGGCUGUUUCGUCCUAGUAUAAGACUCAUCAGGAGUGCAUAUCAGGGAUCUCGUAGGCAGAAGUCGAACCCAGGACCUUCGGUCUCAUGGAAUUCUCUGGGAUGACAUUCGUAAAAUAUGUUCAAGUCACCGAAAUCGAUGGUUUAAGAUAGUGACACCAAUUGAAUUAUUGCCCCUUUACCCGAACAUACGAUGACAGACCUCUACAAUACUAACAUGGUGUAGCCAUUAGAUGUUAGUAAUGCUUCGCAGACAAUAAUAACCAAACAUGGAGAGUCGUUUAACAUCCUUAAUAUGUAGAGGCCAGGUUUCACAAGCAUGAGGCUAAACUGCUCUCACCUACACGUUGAAGAUCUGACCUUUUACAGUUAGACUAACAUUACGAAGGCGCCAAAGAUGGCUCAGAUUGAUAUAAGCCGGUUUGGCUUUCACUAUACGUGAGUUGAUCUCAUCACUUACGCCACCGCCAGCACAUACACAGAUACACAAACCUUUCAGCUGCUUCUAACUUCUCACCAUCUAGAGUGAAUUUAAGUUUAAGGUCCUUCCAGUCUUGUAAAAGUACUUUGCACUUGGAAGGUGCAUAAUACAUUCCAUACCUACGGCCAUUUACUACGAACUGAUUAUUGGGGAUUGCAUGGCUUGGUUAAUAUACUCAAACUGUACAAUAUGGUGAAGAGAGUCUGAAUCCACCGAUAGGAAGCAGUGAUCUAUCGUGAUUUUUGCCCGGCUAAUUAUCGCAUAAUACAAAGAUUAUAUUUAUAGAAGUGAGAACAUCAUGUCAGUUCUACUGUACGAAGCUCAGUCUUGGAGAACUAAUACAACCAUCAUCAAGAACGUACAAGUAUUUAUUAAUAGUUGUCUACGCAAGAUACUCAACAUCCAUUGGCCAGAUACCAUCAGUAACAGCCUACUGUGAGAGAGAACAAACCAGCUUCCAGAUGAAUGGGAAAUUAGGAAAAGUCGAUGGAAAUGGAUAGGACAUACAUUGCAGAAAUCAUUAAACUGCAUCACGAGGCAAGCCCCAACUUGGAAUCCUGAAUGGAAUCGGAAAAGACCAAAGCUAAAGAACGCAUUACUUUGGGAAAUGGAAGCAGAUCUGGAAAGGAUGAAUUACAACUGGAAGGAGGUGGAAAGGAUUGCCCAGGACAGUGUUGGAUGGAGAAUGCUGGUGAGUGACCUAUACUCCUUCACGAGGAGUAACAGGUGUAACUGAACUGAAUUAUCGCGUGAUUUACUAGCCAAUUGGAAUACAACUUCUGCAAUCCCAUCACUGUACUAAUCCAAUGACGUAUUGACCAGCAUGAUCAGCCUAGAGUCCUUAUUGAUUUGUUUUCUUUCUAGUCCUGCCCGUUGAGUUCAGAACACCAAUACCAGCUUCCACUAUACGAAUCAUUCAUUUCAAACAUACUUGGUUUCUAAAGCAGCCAAACAGACCACAUUACACCAUAAAAUAAGAAUUAAUGUUUAUAUAAGAUCAAGUCAAAAAUUGGUUGUGAACGUGGAAGACUAAUUAAUAAACUGAGUAUAAUUUAAGAAUAGUAAAUCGUACGAUAAUAAUCUACAGGUCAAAAUAAAGCUUAGAAUAAAAGGAAUAUGAAUAUGCAUAAUCUAAUUACUCAAUAGUUAAACAAUAGGAAUAUAUAUAUAUAUAUAUAUAUAUAUAACAUAAUCCCUUCAAGAUUACAGGUGGACCAUUACCAAUAAGUGCCAAAUACGACGUGACCAAGGUUAGUCAGUUUGUCAUGCUCACUACUUUCAAUCAAUUAACUUCUAGAGUUCUGCUUUGGUGAUUUUGUCAAUGUUAAAUGGCAAGAUGGAACUUGUAGGUCUAUUAUUCGUAUGUUCAUGUUAUAUUAAAAGGGUUUUCUCAAUGUCUAUGCUUUCUUACGAUUAACGUCUUUAAAAUUAUAAAUUGUAUAUUCGCUAAUAUUUCCAAAGCCAGUUCUAGUAAACAUAUACUUGGUACUGUAUGCAAAGAUGGAUAAUGGCUAGCAGUGGAAUCCAGGACGCGCGUUUCGUCCUAUUUGGGACUCAUCAGCUGGAUUUCCCUUCAUCUCAGAGUUGAUGUUCACUCUGGGACUCGAACUUAGUACCGUUCGCUUCGAACGCCAUCGCGUUAUCCACUUAGCUACUGGUUAUGUGUUGUGACAGCUUCCGAGAAUUACGACGGAGCCUCCGGAGGCCCUAAGGGAGACGAAAAGUUUUCAUUCAAUCAGAACGUGAUGGGGCUUUCUAGAAUAUCAACGUGGCAUACUAUGAUUGGACAGUAGCAUAGUUUGCCUGUUUGCGGAUUGGCUGAAUUAUAAUGAUGUUAGAACAAACGCUAAUAUCUAUAAAUACCCAUGAUUUUCUGUACAUUUUGAUUCUUACCUAACAAACACUUUUCCAGCUUCCUUCUGUCUUCUGAUUUUGUGACUGUGGAGUUCCAUGUGUUCGAGUACCGUAGCGAUAUACGCUAUUCUGUGUUAAUCAAACAACAAACGUAACAUUUUGUACAAACUAAAAUGUAAUGCUAAUCUGAUGUAUCAC